AGGAGACAGAAAUGCUUUUCGCACGAGCGGUGACGUUCGCCGUCGCCGUCGUUGCUCUCGUCGGUGCCCACGAAACUAGCGAUAAAAAAUGCGAGAGGAACAUCCAGUGGACCGGUGGCAACUUCGAAUGGCCUUGCGAGGCCACGAAGAGCAUGUUCAAGAACAGCGGCCGUUACAUCUCGAAGAAUGUCCUCGCCACCAGGGUUGCGGUCUACAAGGAUGACGCCAUCCUUGCUUUACCUAGAUUCAAGCCAGGCGUGCCAGCGACCUUAGCGCGAGUCUCCUUGAAAGAUAAGAACUGCCAGGCCGGUCUCGUUGCCUUCCCUUGCUGGUCGCUCCAGGAGGAAGGCACGUGCUCCGCGCUGCAAAAUGUCGUGGACAUCUUUUUGGAUCCCCAGGACAUCCUGUGGGUGUUGGACACGGGCGUCGUAAGCUCCCUUGAGCAACCGCAGCGCAAGUGCCCGGCGAAAGUUGUCGCCUUCAACGUAAAAACCGGCAAGCUCGUGAAAGUCGUCGACCUGUCCGGCCUGACGAGCGUCACGUCGCGGCUGCAGUACGUCGUGGCGGACUACAAUCCGGACGGGCGCGUCUUCAUCUACGUGUCCGACGCGGCGACCCGGGCGAUCCUGGUGUACGACGUGACCUCCGGCCGCGGGUACCGCGUCGUGCUCCCGCAGGCGGUGACCAUGAGCUGCGACCGCCGGGACGUGCUCUAUCUCGCUCUGAUACGCCACAGCGACGGUGGCACCUGCCUGAUCUUCACGUACCUGGGCAGCAGCCGCCUGUUCACCAUCCGUACGGAUCAUCUCCGGAGCGGCAAUGCCUACGGCAAGAUACACGAUCGCGGACAGAAGCCCAGGAGGUUGAUUGUCCUGGGCACCGACAACGGCAGCGCGCUCUUCUUCCGCUACGAGGGCGAGUCCGAGGUCUACAGGUGGGAUACCGUCACGCCCUUCCUGCCCGCCAACUUCGAGCCCGUUUACAAGAGCACCGAGUGCGCCCUGGCCACUCACAUCGUGCCCGAUUACAAGAGGGACCGAAUGCGCGUCCUCGAGAGCAACUUCCCGGAUUACAUGCAGGGCACCGUCGGCUGCGGGGCCAAUCACGCGCUGAACCUGAUGUAGAGAGGGAGAGGUGUUCUCGCCGAUCGUGAUACGGAGAUCAAGGAGAAGGAAUAGAAGCGCGGAUUGAUAUAAUAGCGACAGGUUUCUCGGCCUCCCGGUUUAGAGACCGAGUACCAUUCCAAUUCGAUGAGAUUUACCUUUCUACGCUAUAGAUGCGGAAACAAUGUGUACAUACAUACCUAACGCCAAUCGUCGUGCCUCCCAUUGCCAUUCCAAGUGUCUAGAGCGUAAAGAUCACCCUUGUAUACGUGUAUGUGUAUCUGUGUGAAUGUAUGUGUGUGUGUGUGUGUCUGUAGCGUCGAAACUCGGACUCGCCAAAAUUACGGUCGGCUGCAAUGCGUCCUUUGCAGCAGACCGUGCAAAAAACUACGACAGUAAGCAAAAUGUCAGUCGCUGACAUUCGUGUCGGAUGGAGAAAUAAACGUUAUAAUUAUAAAAA